CGCCGAUAAUGCGCUGAAAGCGCAUCCUGUUGCAUUUUUGUCAGGAUCCAUUUUGUGUACAUUUUCGAAACUGGAGAACUUAGUGUCACUGUUGGUCAACAUGGCCAUAAAAUACGUGGAGGAACGGGGACUAUUGUAUGAAAUUAUAGGAAAUGGAGAAAAGGUGCUUGUUAGAUCGACUGAUUCCAGCAGCCGUGCUUAUCUUCGUUUCACGAAUAAGACAACACGUCCUGUGGACAUUUGGUGGCGAGAUUUUCGUGGUACGAGGCACCAUUACGUUUGCUUAGAGUCUGACGCUUACUACGAUGUGAAUACAUACAUAACCCAUCCCUGGGAGUUCACUGAUGCAGUUACUAAGGAAAGGUAUUGCAUCAACAACUGUCACAUUUAUCGUCCGCCAGUUAAUUUAGGUGGGAUGCAAUUUAGAACAAAUUGGAACAUUACCAUUGGUGUCAGGAGUCUUCGUGAAACUUGCUUGCUGGCUCUAGCGACUCAUAUCAAGAAGGCUCAACAAGUCAAGUAUUUGGAACUGCCGAAGACGCUUGAAUGUGAGUUACUGAAGCUGGUAAAUUUACUCCAUACUGAAGUAGUGAUAGACAUUGAGCGCCCAUGACAGGAGCAGCCAAAUUGUUUUUUCUUCAAUUGGAUGUUCAACAUUCCUAGUUAUACGCGCAUGAAAUUGCUGUUUGCUUGUAUUCUCUUGUGGUUAAUUAAAGACAUUCUAUUUAUUCUGCCAAUUAUGACGACUCCUGCACAUUAUGUUGUUCGAAAUCGAAGGAAAAUUGUUACAGCAUCGUCUAAUGGUACAUUCAGUGAUUUCAUGUAUUAAUGGCUCUAGUUACGAUCUACAGCAGGACAAUAUAUGCUACUUAUAAAAAAGAUGAUAUUUUUAA